AAGCAAGAGGCCAUCCAGCUCUAGAUCUCUCCCAAAGCCAUGAAAAUGAAACUCUAUGGCACAUUCUUCUUUGUUUUUGUGUUCUUCCUUUCCUGGGCCGAGUCGACCGACAAGUCGUACGGUUUCGACUUCUCGAAGAUCCGUCUCAACACGGGAGGGCUGAGCAGAGAUGCAUUCCCAGAAGGAUUUGUGUUUGGAACUGCAACUUCUGCUUAUCAAGUAGAAGGAAUGGCUGACAAAGAUGGUCGAGGACAAAGCAUUUGGGAUCCUUUCGUUAAAAUCCCAGGAAAUAUUAUUGGAAAUGCCACUGGAGAAGUUGCUGUUGAUCAAUACCACAGAUACAGGGAGGAUAUUGAUAUUAUGAAAAGAUUGAACUUCGAUGCGUAUCGGUUCUCGAUCUCUUGGCCGAGGAUAUUUCCGAAUGGAACUGGUCAAGUGAAUUGGAAGGGUGUUGCUUACUACAACAGAUUGAUUGAUUAUAUGAUUGACCAAGGUAUCACCCCAUAUGCAAAUCUCUACCACUAUGAUCUUCCAUUGACACUUCAAGAGAGAUAUGGAGGUCUAUUGGCAAAGCAAAUUGUGUAAGUUUAAUUUGAUCAAACUUAGGAAAAAAAAACCUUUAAGCAAAUUCAUAAAAUUGGUCUCAACAAUAAACUUCUACAUGCAGGAACGAUUUUGCCGACUAUGCACAAUUUUGCUUCGAACACUUCGGAGAUAGAG